AUGUCUACAAACAAAGAACUAACCGGCAAAGUUGCAAUAAUCACAGGCUCCAGUCGUGGCAUCGGCGCCGCCAUAGCCCUCAAAUUCGCCCACCGUGGAGCAGACGUAGCCAUAAACUAUGUCUCCAAUGCCACAGCGGCCGAGUCCGUCGUCGAGCAGAUCCGAGCUCUAGGCGUGCGCGCCCUCGCCAUCAAAGCCGAUGUCUCACAGGAAGAAGAGGUAAAAACAAUGUUCGAGACUGUGCAUCGUGAAUUCGGCCGUCUCGACAUCGCAGUCAGUAACUCGGGCAUCGAGCAUUUCGGGGCUCUCUCUGAGGUCAAGGGUAGCGAUAUCGAUGCCAUCUUUGCGGUUAAUGUCAAGGGACAAUAUUUCGUUGCUCAACAGGCUUAUCGUUUCAUGGAGGAUUAUGGGCGGGUUAUGUUGACUUCGUCGAUUUCGGCUGUGAAGGGCGUCCCUCGUCAUGCUGUCUAUGCUGCUUCCAAAGCCGCUGUACAGGGUAUGACCAAGUGUCUUGCAAUGGAUUUCGGUCCGCGAAACAUCACGGUCAACUGCAUUGCUGCUGGUGGUGUCAAGACUGAUAUGUAUACUGAGAUGUCGGCUAAGUAUAUCCCCGGUGGUGAUAAGAUGAGUCCUCAGCAGAUCGAUGAGGCGUUGAGCAAGUGGUCUCCGUUGGGUCGGCCUGGGGAGGUUGAGGAUGUUGCUGGGGUUGCGGCUUUGAUUGCUAGUCCUGAUUCGCAGUGGUUGACUGGACAGACUUGGCAGGUCUCUGGUGGUGCUUAUAUGGCGUAG